AUCGGUAUCAGUUACAAACGAAGUAGUCUAAGCUGAAGAUAUGUUACCUAAAAUAUUAGUUUUUGUUCUUGCAACAGUUAGCGUUAUCAAUGCGACUGUGAUCGUCAAUGUUUAUGAUGAUGAUCCUGACAUUGGAUUAUUGUCAGCGAAGAGUGACUGCAACCCUACAGAGUGCGACCAACGUUGUCGCAGACUCAAGUUCCCCGGUGGCGCCUGCGUCAAUGGUCGCUGCAAGUGCGACAAUUUCCGUAAUGCAGAAGUUGAGGUGUCUGAAAAUUCCCGCUUACAGCGUAAAAUGCCUUGUUUUAACUGGCCUUGCAUCGUGGCAUGUUCUUUACACAAAUAUCCGGCUGGUCUCUGCGUAAAAGGAGAAUGCCAGUGUUUUUACUUACAAAGAAUGACAGGAAUUCCUGAAAAUAACAACGCCGAACAAGACAACACGCCACAAAUAGAUGAGGUUGAUUCUGAGCUGGAUAAAAAGAAGUGGGAAUGUAAUUCUACAAGGUGUGAUAAAUUCUGUCGCAUACUCAAAUUCACCGGUGGCGCCUGCGUCAAUGGUCGAUGCAAAUGCAACAACAGUACUAUUGCACAAGAUCUCGAGCCUGAGCUUGUAAACAAGAAGAGUAGCUGCAACCCUGCAGAGUGCGACCAACGUUGUCGCAGACUCAAGUUCCCCGGUGGCGCCUGCGUCAAUGGUCGCUGCAAGUGCGACAAUUUCCGUAAUGCAGAUCAAAUUACCGAUCAUUCCAUACCAACUGUAGUAGAUUUCGUUCCGUUGCAAGAUGACUUCGAGUCUGACUUUGCUAACAAGAAGAGUAGCUGCAACCCUACAGAGUGCGACCAACGUUGUCGCAGACUCAAGUUCCCCGGUGGCGCCUGCGUCAAUGGUCGCUGCAAGUGCGACAAUUUCCGAAAUGCUGAAGAUCUAAUUACCGAUAAUUCCAUACCAACUGCAGUAGAUUUCGUUCCGUUGCAAGAUGAGUUCGAAUCUGAAUUGGCUAACAAGAAGAGUAACUGCAACCCUACAGAGUGCGACCAACGUUGUCGCAGACUCAAGUUCCCCGGUGGCGCCUGCGUCAAUGGUCGCUGCAAGUGCGACAAUUUCCGUAAUGCAGAACAAAUCACCGAUAAUUCCAUACCAACUGUAGUAGAUUUCGUUCCGUUGCAAGAUGACUUCGAGUCUGACUUUGCUAACAAGAAGAGUAGCUGCAACCCUACAGAGUGCGACCAACGUUGUCGCAGACUCAAGUUCCCCGGUGGCGCCUGCGUCAAUGGUCGCUGCAAGUGCGACAAUUUCCGAAAUGCUGAAGAUCAAAUUACCGAUAAUUCCAUACCGACUGUAGUAGAUUUCGUUCCGUUGCAAGAUGAGUUCGAAUCUGAAUUGGCUAACAAGAAGAGUAGCUGCAACCCUGCAGAGUGCGACCAACGUUGUCGCAGACUCAAGUUCCCCGGUGGCGCCUGCGUCAAUGGUCGCUGCAAGUGCGACAAUUUCCGUAAUGCAGAAGAUGAUUUCGAGCUCGAUGCUUCACCCAAGUAUAGCGACUGCAGUCCUAUAGGGUGCGACCAACGGUGUCGCAAUAUCGGCUUUCCAGGUGGUGCUUGCGUCAAUGGUCGCUGCAAAUGCGACAUCUUACGUGACAUACAAGAUGAAUACGAGCUUGACCCUGCAACCAAGUACGACGACUGCAGCCCUAUAGGGUGCGACCAGCAGUGUCGCAGAAUCGGCUUUCAUGGUGGCGUCUGCGUUAAUGGUCGCUGCAAGUGCGACAUCUUACGUGACACACAAGAUGAAUACGAGCUUGAUUCCGCAACCGAGUAUAACGACUGCAGUCCCAUAGGGUGCGACCAACGGUGUCGCAAUAUCGGCUUUCCAGGUGGUGCAUGCGUCAAUGGUCGCUGCAAGUGCGACAUCUUACGUGACAUGCAAGUUCAAGAGCCGUCACUACCUGAACCGAGGAUCCCGGGCAUUUUUGACAAACUUCGCUGUAACUCGGACGUAUGCUACAAGCAUUGCACCAAAAUUGGAUUGGCAGAUGGCACCUGUAAGAAAGGAAUUUGCAAAUGCAAGGUCAUGUGAAGGUCGAGUUUGUUUUACAAUUUUUACCUGGUUUAUUAGAGAGUAUCUCAUUUGAAGUGUAUACAUAGUAUGUUACUUGUAAACUUAUGAAACCUCAAUUUGUCAUAGAAAUAUAAGUAAUUCCAAAGUACCUUUGCAUUUUGUUAGUAAGUAAAUAUGUCAUAUUACUAUAAUGUUCACAUUGUCAUAAUAUAGUCUCUAGUGUGAAUAAACAUUCUUUAUUUGAUAA